UAUUUCUUUUCUAAAUCUGAAGUGACGCUGAAAUGUUAAAUGAGCACGCGCGGUGAGGAAGAGGAGGGCAGUAAAAGAGAGAGAGAGGGAGGGAGUGAGCACGCGCGCACAGAUGCAGGGGGUGGAAGGGUUUGGAACAGUUUUUCAGGAACAUGGACCUGACACGCAGCGCAGCUGCCGGCGGAGCGGCGGUGGGACCGGAAUGCGAUUCUGCCACCUUGCGCGCGUUCCCGUGAGUCCUUCACUCCUGAAGGCAGCGGACGGAGUUCGGCGGCGGCUUCGGCCGGCCGCGGAGUCACAGAGGGCUGGAGGAGGAUGCGGGGCGGACCGUCGCUGACCUGAGCUCUGUCCACACCUGCUCCGGCCGGAUCAGGAACAUGCGCGCACGGCGCGGCCGCUUGGCUGCGCGCGGGAUGCGGACUCGGCGCGCCCUCUGAGCGCAGCAGAGCGCAGCGGGCGCGCGUCAGGCGGCGACACUUUUGGAGGUUUGCUGCUUCCUUUGAAGUCACAGAGAAAACUGGUCGUUUAUCAUCAGCUCCUGCGUCCACAUGGCUUCAGUGGCGUCGAGCAUUGUGUACGCAGCUGGAGACAAACAGAUGGACCUUAGCGAUGGAUCCUGAAGGAAUAAUAUGCGCAAGAUUGUCUGUAAUGAUGGGAGUUUAAGGACGAUUGAAGGAUUAAUGAGGAACUUGAUCUGUAUAUCGUUUUGAAAUGGAGAUCCAGUGGCGUUCAUGGAGUAAGGGCUGCGUCUCUUUCCUGAGGCCGUGGAUUCCUGUGCUGCUGGGCCUCCACCUCCAGUUCUCAAGGGCCUCCAACUGUCCCGAGGAGUGCCGCUGCGAGCGAACAUUUGUUUACUGCAACGAGCGCAGCCUAACCUCAGUGCCUCUGGGAAUCGGCGAGGGCUACAAGACCCUCUACCUCCACAACAAUCAGAUCAACAAUGCUGGCUUUCCGCUGGAGCUCCACCAUGUGGCCUCCGUGGAAACAGUGUAUCUCUACGGGAACGAGCUGGACGAGUUCCCUUUCAACCUGCCUAAAAACGUGCGGGUUCUCCAUCUGCAGGAGAACAACAUUCAGACCAUUUCCAGAGCGGCUCUGGCGCAGCUCCUCUGGCUUGAGGAGCUGCAUUUGGACGACAACUCCAUCUCCACGGUGGGGGUGGAGGACGGGGCGUUUCAGGAAGCUGUGAGCCUGAAGAUGCUGUUCCUCACCAAAAACCACCUGAGCAGCGUGCCUAUUGGUCUGCCGGACGUCCUGAAGGAGCUGAGGCUGGACGAGAACCGGAUUGCGGUAAUUGCGGAGGAGGCGUUCCAGAACGUCACGCGUCUGGAGCGCCUCUUGCUGGAUGGAAACCUGCUGACGGAUGAAGGGAUCUCUCCAGGGACCUUCCAGGGCCUGGUCACUCUGCGGGAGCUCUCUUUGGCCCGCAACUCUCUGACCUAUCCCCCCUCGCUUCUUCCGGGGGAGGUCCUGGUCAAGUUAAGCUUCCAGGAAAACUUGAUAACUCAGAUCCCAGUGAGAGCGUUUGCAGGCCUUCACAAGCUAGAGAAGCUGGAUGUGUCCAACAACCAGCUGCAGUCUUUGGCGCCGGGCAUUUUUGAUGGCCUCUUCAGCCUCAGGCAGCUCAUGGUGAGAAACAACCCCUGGCUGUGUGACUGCAACAUGGGGUGGGUGGUGUCUUGGCUGAAAUCCCUGCCCGCCUCCUUAAACGUGCGCGGCUUCAUGUGUCACAAACCCGAGAAGUUUCGGGGUAUGGCGAUCCGGGAGCUGAGUGCUGACCUUCAAUGCUCACAGCCAACGUCGCCGUCUGACUCUAGACCAGGGCUUUCUGCGCCCACAAAUCCAUCAUUGGUCCCUCGUGUCUCCAGGAGACCCGCUCUCACACUCCCCACCCUCUACCCCAUCUACACCACCAGGGAGGAGGGAAUGAGGACUAAGACGCCCCUGCAGGUCACUUUCACCUCUCUAAAUGGGUCAGAAAUCCACGUGAGAUGGGCAGCUGCGUUUCCGGUCACUGCCUACAAGGUGACCUGGGCGAGGAUGGACCCCAGUCUGACGGGGGACACAGUCAGGGAGAGGAUAGUGGGCGGGGGUCAUCGGGGUAUCAGACUGGCUAAUCUGCAGCCUAAAUCCACCUACCGCAUCUGUGUCAUCCCCCUGGAUGAAUUUAAUAACUACCGGCCCAAGGAUGACACCGUGUGCACCGAGGUUGUGACCACAGGGCAAUUUUUCAGCCCCGAGGACAACAACAGCAACAACAGAAGGCGCUCCAGGCCUGAACAGGCCACACAGCCCGAGCCCGGCUCACCCUUCCUGCUGGCCGGGCUGAUCGGAGCGGCCGUGAUCCUGGUCCUGGUCUUCCUGCUGGGAAUCUUCUGCUGGCACGUGCACAGAAAGGGCCGCUCUAAAUCUGAGUGGAAAUACAACCGCGGCCGGAGAAAAGACGACUACUGCGAGGCAGGCACCAAGAAGGAUAAUUCCCUGCUGGAAAUGACGGAAACCGGCUUCCAGAUUGUCUCGCUCAACAACGAGCAGCUCCUUAAGGCAGACUUCCGCAUUCAGCCUAUUUACACCCCAAAUGGGGGCACGGCCUUCAGAGACUGCCCCCCAGGGAACAACAGCACAGUUUACUGCAAGAACAACGUUCAGGAUGCAGACUUUUGUCAUUCGUGACAAUUUCUGAGCAUUUUUACUGACAGCAAACUGUGUAGAGUGUUAAUCCUGUUUGAGACGUGGAAUUUAUACAACAGACUGGACUUUUCUAGAACGUUGGAGAUAAAAGUUAAGGAUCUAUGCUGUUUCAGUUUUGUACACGCACAAACAAACAGCUUCAUGUCAUUGUUUUGUUGUUUCAGUGAAGGAUUUUUGCAGUCAAACGGCAUUAUCAGAAUAUGAUCUGUAGCUGGAGGACAGAAUCCAGAUGGCAGAUGUGUUUGGUUUAAUUCCAGCCGCCUACGGUUCUCACUGACUGGUGUUUUGUGGUCCUGAUGUUUCCCAAAAGUCAUAAUGUGGCUUUAAUUGUUGUUCUUUCAUUAUUGGGGUCAGAUUCGGAUCAGGUCUCUUGAUUUAACUCUAAAGACACCUUGGAGUCUUUAUAGAGAAGAUAAAAGCCCAUCGGGGUGUCAUUGUGACAUCACAGUGUGACCAUGGAGAUAUUUUAAUUCUAACAGACAAACUGCCAGAAAAAUGUAAAAAAAAAAAAAAAAAAAAAAACUUCAAUUGACCGAAUUACUUUUCACGGUUGCCAUGGUGACACCAUGAAACCAAACCUCCAGUACUGUACACCUGGGCAUAGUUACAGGGCAGCUGUCCUGAUGUCUUCUGUGCAGCAAGUGUGUAAGUUUUUUUUUUUGCCUUUUUCACAUCUAUUGGUAAAGAUGGUGCAUUACGUUGCGACGGUGACAGUUCUUAUAUGAUGUAAAAGAUUUUGUGGUUGAAAGAUAAGAAUGAGGAUCUUUUUUUCACAUUUCUUUACACCUUAAAACCGUCUUAUGGGGAAGUAGCAGAAGGGGGACCAACAGCAUAGCUGUCUCUCAGCUGAUCCAUCAAACAUCCCUCCAGGUGUAAGAAGAUGCUGGUGAUACGCUGGACUGUGUCUGUUUGGACUUUAAACAGGGCAGGUACACAAGGACAACUUAUUUUUUUUUUCAAUAUAUUGCUCCCAUCUGUCAAACCUUGUCAAAAUGGGACUGGAUCUACCCCCCCUUAUUUUUCUUUUCUUUUUGGACCCUACAGUUUCUGUUUUUUUUAAUUUUUUUUUAUUUUGCUUUCCUCCACAGCAACUGUGACAGCAGUUACAUGCACAACGAUAUUCUGACUUUAGCCCAAAUGAGCUCUAACCUUAACCAAUGCAAGUCAUUUCCGUAUUUUUCGGACUAUAAAUCACUAAUGAGCAUUAGUUCCAGCAGCCAAGAAAUGCUAAAUAAGUAUAUUUAGCCCUCAUAAAUAAGCAGGACUUUUGGGAGACAUCUAUAUAACAAAAUACAGGAACCAGAACUUACAUUUCAUUUAGAAAGGCAACUUUAAUAAAAUUCAAUUUUAAGGUUUUUUAUUGCCAUUGUCAGUGAACAAAACAGUUUCACAGACUAGGAAUUUGCUGCGGUGCCAAUGUGCCACAUACAACACUAAUAAUAAUAAAAAAUAUAAACAAAAUAAAAUAAAUAACAGAAUAGAUUGCAAUAACAGAUUGAAUUUCUGUACACUUCACUACCUAACACAUUUAUGCUUAUUUAGCUUCAUGAAACACAGAAAGAAUCUAGUAUAUUAGUGCAAAAUAUUAACAACUAUUAAGAUAACCAAGCAUAAGGAACAUGCUAACAAGUCAACUAAACCCUUUAUAUCACUUUAAAUCCCUAAAUUUUUGGUAUUCGUCAUUCUCUGUGUCACUUUGGAACAAUUUUGUCCAGCCUGGCAUAAGACUGAACAGUGCUUCUUCUUCUGUGUUGCUGUCAGUAGGAAACACUGAGACACACACCUACAGCGCCCCCAACAGUUAAAGCUAUUUAUAAAAAUAAAAUCACAUAUAAGUUUCACCCCUGCCCAACUAUGUGAAAAAACUGUGACUUAUUCUCCGAAAAAUAUGGUAAUUAUGGUAGUAUCUUUAAAAGAGGCAUUGGAAUCCUGAUUUGCUUUAUCACUGUUUUCUGACUAUAGGCUAACAGAUAUUUUAGUAAAAUAAACUAAUGAACACUCUGGCAGAUCUGAAUGAAAACUGUGGGCUAAAAAUAUAUUGGCUGAGCUAUUAAAUGUAGUACAAAUAUUGUGCUUUAUCUAGACACAACAGUUGACAGUACAGUGGCCCCUCAUUUAUCGCAGGAGUUGUGCUUUUACAAAUAAACUCCUCACCACACACGUUCCAUAUGUUUUACACUUUUCUCUUAUGUUUAAACUUUCAUAAAAACAGAAGUCCAGAGUUAUAGAAUAAAAGCAAAGAUCUGAUCUCGAUCAAUGAUGUAUAGAUUCGGCGAAAAGAACGUCUUCUGCACAGGGCACAAUAAGGUAUUGAUUGACAAGUUCUACAGCCAAUCAGGACAGAGACCACAGUGCACAAGAAAAGAAUAUUACAUCGAGAAAAAAGAAAAAGAAAAACAAUGAAACCAUGAAAGGUGAAGUGCGAUACAGCAAGGGAACACUGUAUUCAUUGUUCUUUUCACAGAAAACUACAAAAUACACAUUAAGAAAUGGUUAAGAAUAGGCA